AUGAAGAACUUGGGUGGCAUUUUCACAAAAUGCCCAAAAAGCUUUGAGCUGCAAAAUCCUUCAGGCUCUGAUGGAGGAGAAGAGAUGGUCCCCCUUGACUUUAGCCAGUGAGAGGAGAGACUGCUACGCAGUGCAUGCAGAGUUGAAAGUAAAGGUGAGUACAUUUGUUUCCAAGGCUAUCACUUAAAGGGAACCUCCAGUCUUACUACAGAAUAAGUUUAAAUCGAAUAAAAUUAUGUUGAUAAACAAAUUUGUUCGAAAUUUGUCUUUAAAAAAAGUGUUUAUAUCAGGAAAAGUGAAUUUUAAAAUCGCUUAUUUUCACUUUCAAAUUUCGCGGGCGCCGCCAUCUUCAAUAAUUGUGACGUGUUACGGUUGCUCUAUUGUUCUGACACAAAGAGCUUUUGUUUAAUAACAAUAGGGAAACCAUUACACGUCACAAUUAUUCAAGAUGGCGACGCCCGCAAAAUCUGAAAACAAAAAUAGGCGAAUCUAAAAGUUAUUUCUUUCGGAUACAAACGCUUUCUUUAAAAAUAUUUUAGAUUGACUUGACUGUAACAGUUAUUUCCUGUGAUUUAAAGUUAUCUUUUUGUUGAAGUGGAGGUUCCCUUUAAUGCAUUUGCCCCUGCACAUUUUGUCCAAAACAGUCUUUUACUACUGAUUGAGAGGUUUGCUAGCAUUUACUAGGCUUAGUUUCAGUAAACGUUUUUGGGAAAACUUUAAGAAUCAGAAUUAAAUGAGAUGAAGUGCAGGGGGGUAGUGAUACAAGAUUUUCAUUGGACUUUGUUUUUUGGCAUUAACUCUCAGGUUUGUUUGACUUAAUUGUGCUUUUUGGUUAUAUUUUGAAAGAUCUCUUUCUCCUACGCAAGUUUGAUGUCAAAGUUGUCUAAAACUAUGACGUACAUUGUACUGUAAAAAGUAAUGACGCCAAAAGCAGUACCGGGGGGAAAGAAUCUGCAUGCCAUGAGCAGUUACAAGCAGUUAGGGUCGAAUGGGUUUAAUGUUUAUCAACUUCUAAAUGAUUACAGUUUCAUGUUUGCCAGCCAAAUGCUCAACUCAUGAUUCUCUCUUGCUAAGUGAUCAUGUUCGUUCCAUGCAUGAUGCAAGUUUCAACAAAAAUUAUAAACUUGCUUGGUUCCUGAGAAUAACAUUCAUCGAAAUCUUAAGCAAAUUCUUGGAUUUCUUCAUUUACUUUAAGUCAGAAAUUCACCUAUUUCAUCUUUGGAUAGCCAUGAAGUUUAUUUUUAAAGUUAAUUACUGCGCAAGCAGUCUUAUUUCCUGGCAAGUAUACAUAUCACAAGAUCAACCUCUUUUUCAAGCAAAUAUGACAUUGAAUUGAAAGUGGUAAAGCGGUAUAUUGCUUGCAUCUUCCAAAUUAUUAAUAACCUGUAUUUCCUCGAAUAAUAGCCAGGCUGAAUAUUAUUUUUUUCCCACCAAAAGGGGGCGAUUAUUCGAGGGAAGGCUAUUACAGUCAACUCUCUCAUAGCAACCACUUCUCAUAAGCGACCACUUUACAAAUAAUCCUUUUGUUUCUCACUCAAACACUGUUUCAAGAACUCUCUCGUAAGCGACCACUACCUAAAUUUCCAAAGCGACUGCGACCACUUUUUGGGCUAGAAAUUUGAUAUAUUCUUUUGUUUUCUGUUUCCAGCCACCACCCGGCAUGAUCACCUAUGAUUGUAAGAAAACCGUUGCUCAAAUGUCACAAAAGUUAAUUUUUGAAUAGUGCUGACCAAGUUUGCUGACAGAUUGUAGCAGUUGACUUACAAAAAAGAUCUCUGUAAUACAAUCUCUAUGUAAAAAGGUGGAUUGUCACAUUCAUACAUAAUGUUAUCUACAUAGUUUCAUCAGUUCCAAGCGCUAUUCGAGUUAAACCAGAAACUCAUAAGGGGUUGAAACGUGUAACUCAUAUAUGUUUGCUUUGUCCGAUGCUCAUGAUUAUUCAUUUUCGAAAGUACCAUAUUUGGAACGAGAAGGAGACAUAACUGACCAAUCAAACUCCAUAAACAGCAUGAUGUAAUAUUCCUUUAGGUUCCCGCGCCCGCUUAAAAAAAUGGCCGACAAACGGGGGAAAAACUCCCGAAAGCCGAGACAGCUUUCAAAGGUUGAAACCAGGAAUAUUACCGAAACACUGAGCAGGAUAUUAUUGCCUUACCACCCGGGCCAAACGUAACAUUAUGAAACCCAUUGACGGCCUCGCAACUUCUUGAAGUUGUCACUUCAAGAAACAAUGCCUUGUUGACCCUCUACACAGUAAACUUAUACUACAAAUAGGCUUUUAAAAUUCUUAUGUUAAAAGUCUAGAAUAAACAGUGAAAAAUAUUUUCAAAUAAAAUUCAUUAGCUGCAUAUCGAAAAGUGUCCAAAACCUGAACCUGACAUCUUCGCAAAAAGUGAUGCUUGUAAUGAAUGUGAGAAGCAUUUUAAAAGCUAAAUUAAACUUGGAUGUUGUAGACACGAUCGUGUUUUGGGCUAAUUUUAUGAAUGAACAAACUCAAAACAAUAGACAGAGAAGCCGUUUCUUGAAAAUUUUUAUUCAAAGUCCAAAAAGUUAAUCCUUUAAAGCAAUUCAGAAAACACUAUCUGGAUCAUGGAUCCGUUCACGCAAGUGAAAUCGGCUAUUAAAGCACAUGGCAAAAUUCAACACAAAAUCCAUCUCAAAUCAGGGCACGUUUGGUAAUUUUCCUUUAGUGCAGAAGAGAAAAAUUUAUAAAACGUCUAUGAAACAUUUAAAAAUACAUAAAUUCCCUUUCAAAAUCGUAAUUGUCUUGGCCAUAGAGUGCAAAAUGUACCUGAGAAUUCAGCAAAAACUUCGCUGACUUGGUUGCAUUUCAAAACAGACCAUGGGCUCCGCCGUGAAGAAAACAAGGUUGAAUUCCUCGAAGGAUGAUUUCUAGAUGAAAAGCUUCCCUUUCUCCACAAAAAGAAAGCUGAGCAUUCUUUUGAACUUUCUCUUUCCAUUUUUUGUCGUUUAACCGUGUAUUUUUAACCUUGAAAUGCAGAACUCUUGUCUUAAGACACCUACAUGGUGAUCGCGCAGCAGCCAUUUUGUUGAAAAUGGAUAUCUGUCACUAAGGCUUCCAAAUAUGGUAAACAUGAAUAUUCACGAGCAUUGAACGCGAGUUACACGUUUCAAACCCUUAUGGGUUUCUGGUUAAACAUUAUUAGUAGUUCUCUAUUUUUCUCAUUUUUGCUUGUAAGAUAAUAACUUUACGUAAUUACGUUACUCAGUUCAAUUUGAGUUCUUUUUCUUGAUUUUUCCCGUAGACGACCACCUCCCGUAAGCGACCACUUUGUCCUGCACCAAGGGUGGUCACUUACGAGAGAGUUGACUGUAUUUCAAAUUUGCUUACUGGAAGUCAUGCCCUAAUCACAUAAAUGAAAUGAACAUCUGCUUUUUAAGUGUUGCAAAUUUGUUUUUUUUAAUUGAUAUUCAAUGAUAAUUUUCAAUGUCAUUAUAAACAAUAAAGUAACUGAAAGCUUGCUUGUUAUCUAAGGUGCCAAUUUUUGACUUGACAGGCAGGGGAUAAAAUAAAUAGAAGAUGGUAAGGGGGUGGGGGAGGCAAUAUUUUAGGGAGGCUUACUAAAUAUUUCUGUCCAAUAGGGGUGUAUUUGAGGGAUGGCUAUUAUUCCGCAACGAAAUACAUUAUGGUAGUCAUGUUAGUUGGUCAUGACAAAUUAGUCAGGGAUUGAAGCAAAUCAGAAACAAAAAUAUAUUUUGAGUGAAUAAUAAUAAAACUAGGGUAAGUGCCAAUUACCUCUCCUUUCUUGUGAAAAUGUGUUUUAUCUGAAUGAGAAUAAAAAAAUAAUAAUAUCCAUAGUGGCUUCAGCGACUUGGGGAAAAAUGGCCAAUAGUGGUCAGUCCAUCAGGUUGAACAUUCAGGGGCAAUCAUUGUUUUUAUAUUAACUAAAAUCUACUGUACUCUGUGAAGGGUUGGAGAUCUUACUGAAGUGAACUUGGAAUAUUUAAUACAGAAAAAGAGUUGGAUUUGGGAGUUUCAUUAAAGUUUGGAGUAGAAGGGCAGCUGAAUUUGUCAUCAGUAUAUACUUAAAGCAAGGCCCCAGUCAGGGUAGGAAAAAAACCCAGGUCUGUUGCCUGAGGCAGGUAAAUUUUAAUCUUAGGCAAGUGAAAAAAAUAGAAGUUUGGUGGCCCAGUGGGCAAGUGAAAUUAGCCUUAGAGGUCCUGUGAGUCUGUCUGAAAGUGUCAGCUUGGUAAAUGAUUAUAUCUAGGCAGAGUACUAUUUCACGACUGAAGACCGCAAGAUGAGUGACACAAUUAGUUGAAAACAUGAAUCAAUUUAAAGGCCAAGAGCACAUUUGCUUGCUGGUGUUACUCCUCCGAUCACAAUACUAGUCAAAUCCAGUAGUUACUCUGUAUCUGGCACAGCAUUCAAGGACUAAUUGUUAUAUUCCUAGACUUUCACUCAACUAAACACAGACUGCCAUUGGUUGAUUCUGGGUCACAUGGCCUUGACUAAAAUCAAAAUGUAUCCUGAUCAUGAUACAUUUGAGCAAUUGUACCCCACUCGGGAUACAUAACAGGACGUGAUCAAAGCAUGGUGGAAAGUGGCAUCCCUAACCGAAGGCAGGAAAAACACUGCCAGUUUUCUUUUUCCUGAAUGAACUCACCAACACAAAAAUCAGGAUGAAGCCACAGGCUAAAGAGCAACGAUUUUCAAAGUUAUCCCAGAAGAGAAACAGCAGCUAGUGGAGGAAAAAGAUGCAGAUAAUAUAAGGAAAGUACUUUGUACAUCAUUCUUUCAGUGGUUUUGAGAAUUAAAUUUUUUUUGUUAUAAGUACCGAGUUGACUGUUUUGAUUUGCUCCUGUUAUUCUUGUGUUGCUGUUGAAGUGAAAGUUUAGAAAUAUAACAAAACACUUAAUGCCAGGUCCCUCAAUUCGGGAAACCAGUUAGUUUGGCUCUCCCUUGAGUCCUGAUGUUUCCCUUGACUUCAUCUCAGGAAACAUCAGGACUCAAGGGAAAACAAAACUAACUGUUUCCCUCAGGAUCUGACAUUAAGUGUGAAUUAUCUUGCACACUUUGUUGUAAUAAUCUAUAACUUAAUAUAGACAGUACCUUACAACUGUUCAAGGGACGUGGAUUCUCAUGGGUAGUUACGAGAAGUUCAGGGGUGAAUGGGCUAAUGCAAACUCAGUAAAGACCAGCUUAAUAGUCAAUAUAUAUUUAAAAACAUUAAAUUGUACAUAUGGUGUCCAGAAGAAUAAUUUUUUCAAUAUCAGUAUCUGCAACAUGCACUCUCUUGUAAAUAUUGCAGUGCUCAGUUUAGUGUGAAUUCUUGUAAUUAGUAUGGAUUUUUUUUUAUCUAGGUGUGAAGGAAUUAAGGAAGAAAUUUGAAAUGUUGAGCGUUUCGUCAAAAGGACCUUUGCUGACGCUGCACGGUUCUGUUGAAGAAAUCCAGAAAGAUUUCUUUCCAGGUAAUUUUCAAUGGAAGUAGAUCUUCCUCUACCUCUUUCUCAUAUACUGGCUUACACUAAAAUUUACAUAUUAAUGACUGCUAGUCUAGUGUUUAAUUUUUAGACCUGUCCAGUUUGGGUCAUCAGUUGUUUUGAAGGCUAAGGCCUUCUUGACUGUUUGCUAGAUUGGUUUUUGGACUGAGUCAGUAACAAACCCGGUGUCAAUUUCAUUAAAAAUUUUAUUUGUGUAAUUUAUAAGUCUAGCUAUUGUCCGAAAAACAAUAGCUGCACUCGUAAAAGUUUUACUUAAUUGACCCCGGCUCAUAUAAUUUUACCCGCUUUCUUUAUCUUUUUUAUGCCAGUCGCAUCUCUCUGAAUGUCUACUCUACAAUAGCUGCUACAGCUAUUGUGAAUGUCUACUCUACAAUAGCUGCUACAGCUAUUGUGAAUGUCUACUCUACAAGUGCAGCUACAAUAGCUGCACUUGUAAAAGUUGUACUUAAUUGACCCCGGCUCCGCUUUCUUUAUCUUUUUUAUGCCAGUCGCAUCUCUCUGAAUGUCUAUUCUAAUCCAAUCUAAUCUUUUCUGUUACAAUGUGAAUUAAUCUAACAUACAUGAGGAUAUAGGUAACAUGGGUAUAUGGGAUAGCCAUUAAAAAAUUGCAUUAUUUAGUGUGUCAGUGUGAUUUGUGUGGUGUUCUAACUUUAUUUUGUUUGUUUGUUUGUUUGUUUUUUGCUUUUAUUUCGUAUUUAUUGUUUUUUUUUUCAUUUGUUUUCUUUUGCAAUUGUUAUGGCAUACAGAAUAAACCUCAUGAAGGUUUCUUCAGGCUGAUACUAGCAUUUUAUUUAUCCUUGAUUGUCUCUUUUUAUGUACUAGUUGAUUUUGGAUGUCCAUUGUCACCUAAAGGUUUUGAGUCAAACCUUCCAGAAACAGCCCAACAAGUAAUACGGCAAAUACAAGAGCAGAAUUCGAGAGGACGUGAACGUGCACUUCUUGUAGCCUCCCCUUCAAUGCUCUCUUCCGUCAAAAGAGACGAAAAUCACACUAAAGAUGAUGGUGUUAUAUGUGACCUUCUCCUCUUCAAUAAAGAGUUGGGUGGACUUCACCUUUUCACUCUCGUCAACAGUGGAUCAAAAGAUCAGUUCUUACCGUAUUCCCAUAAUACAGGCAAAUCUGUGAAGGAAUCUUUAGUAAUGAAUGGCGGUUGCUAUGAAAAAUUUUACAUUACCUGUCACGUAGUUCCUUGCGAGAGAGUAGGAACUGAGCCACUUGACAAACUGUCCCCAAACAAUCGAUAUCCCAAGGAGUAUAAUCUGCAAUCAUCACGCGGGAAAAUCUUCAAACUACUCCGGUCACUAGUAACCGUUUUGGCGCAAUUUCCCAGUUUCCUUUCUAAUAAGGAGGGUUUAACCUUUCUUAAUUUGCUGACAAAGCAACAGUUUCAACUGUUGUAUGAACAAAUCGACGAACACAGAGAGCUAUGGAUUCAUGGUGCAGCUGGCACAGGAAAAACGGUGGUGGCUGUAGAGUUUAUUAGACAGCUUCUUCGUAGUGACUCCCACCUUAGACCUGGCAACAUACUGUACGUUUGUGAGAACCUUGGAAUACUUGAGAAAGUAAGGUAUGUUUCUUUCAAAUUCCAGCGUGGAGGUUUGGAUAACGUAUUCGCCGUACAUGUACUAUUAGAGUGUUUGGUUCAACUUCAACACGCCAAGUUAACAUUUAAGUUAUUUCCAGAUUACUUCCGAAACAGCUUGCAAGUUUCUUACAUUCUGCGUAAUUGUUGUUACACACUAGCGAUGUUUACAUUCCUCCCCUUUAUGCCAUUAGUCGCGUUACGUACAUUGUACAGCGUAUUAAGAGUAAACCGCUCUCUCGAGUUCUAACCAGUACUACCGCACUAGCUUUAUUUCUCUUUCAGUACAUGCAUUUAUUUGCCGUAAAUCGUAAGUCUGCCUUUUUGGUAUAAUCGAACUAAAUCGAACGUUACAAACAUUAGACUUUUAAGUCUCUUGUAGAGUGCAAGAACAACGCUAACUAGAUCUGAGUUUGUGACAAGGUUUUGAAACUUCUUGCAUACGGCGUCUGAUGUUCUUGUUGUUAACAUAGUUCUCACUGUCUGUCUCGAAUACCUGAAGAUAUGUAUGUUGCUCUUGAUUCAAGCUAGCAAUUUCUUUUACUAUAAAUGUCGUUUUCCUUCUCGCGACUUGUGCAGCUCAUUUUUGUGCGUUGUUAGCAAUCGUGCAUGUAUGCAAUGAGAUAUAGCGUUAUUUCUCUGAAUCACGAAGGUCCUUCUUGAAUGUAUGCAUCAGCUGCCCACACUUCUCGCGCGUAUAUGGAGGUAACUUUUUUGGUAAUGUAAUGCGCUUGUUAUUUCUUACUAUUUAUAGGAAACUGAACAUAUGCGACUGCUUGACCCGUAAAGCCUUUAUGAAGGGCGAUUUUGACUUUUCCUUCACCAAGCACGUAAUCCUGGACGAGGUUCAGAAUUUUAGAGAUGAAGAUGGAGAUUGGUUAGGAAAAGCCAGACGUGUCGUCCGACAGCAUGCUAAUGAUUCCGAAUGUGAAUCUGGAUCUAACAGCACAGACUCACCAUCUGUCUGCGAAAGAAGAGGAGAGGUUUCCGGUGAAUCCGAAAGUGACGAAGAAUCCAACCCUGAUACCGACUCUGACGCUGAACUUGAUCCAGAGUGCAACGAUAGCAAAAGAGAGGGCUAUUUGUGGAGUUUCUUGGACAGAAAUCAAAUCAAUCACAGGUUCAAGACAGGCAUACCACGUUUUUUCCCCAGUCGUUUCGUCUCACAAGGGUGA